AUGAAUACAUCGGAGGUCAAGCUUGUAAACCUAAACCUUUGGUAUGCCACUGGUUACGGUGAGCAGUGGCUUUACGCCGUUGCAGUCCAAGCAUUGUACCGGGACACUGCUCUCAACAUCUUGGAGACAAAAUCUCACGCCGAACUUACCGAUAGUUACGCCAAGGCCCGGAAGGUCAUCGAAACAUUGUUCCCCUCAAGCUCACUUGAUGAACUAUCCUCCAUGACCCGUCAGCAGCUAUUGAUACGACUGCAAGCUUCCAACAAGGCACCUCCACCUGCCACUGAGACCGAGUCGCAGGAUCAUCUGCAAGUUUUAGAACCAUCAGUGGAACAAAACUUCACUUGGGACGAAGUAUCCGAGACCGAGAGCGAGACGUCGCGCGUGGCAGACGACGUCAACGGACUAGCCUUCUCACGACAAUCGCUCAACGCCUCAUACUUGGGCAUAUCCUCGGUUCCUACCAUUUUGAAAGUCAUCGCACAUCUCUCUCCUCAUGUCCAGCAACGAGUUCCCAAGGGCCCUGAAGCUUGGCGGAGUCCAUCAACCCUGGCUGCUAGUCCGGGCGACAUGGCCUGCCUGCAAGUUGAUGAGAUACCACUUAUAAAUGCAUACUUCAGCCACGUGCAUCCUGUCAUUCCAAUGGUGGACGAAGCCGACUUUCGCCAGAGGUAUCUUCAAUCCAACAUGGAAGAGGAUGAAGCUGGUCCGUGGGUGGCUCUAAUGAACAUGGUGCUCGCCAUGGGCUCAAUGGCAUCAGACUCAAUCCAUUUCAACGCGCACAACCCUUUUUACAAGCGAGCUCUACCUCAUCUAAACAUCAACUCUUUUGGUUCCGGCCACCUUUACAUGGUCCAAGCAUUGGCUCUGUAUAGUGGCAUGGUUCUUCACUUUCUCAACAAACCGAACAUGGCAGUUGCUGUUAUGGGAGCGACCCUGCAGAUGGCCGUCGCAAUGGGCUUGCAUAGAGUUCAGGCUUCGCAGUCCUCUACGAAUACAGCUUGCCAUCCUGCUAAUGGCUCAAUAGCCACACGAAUACGUACUUGGUGGUCUAUCCUGUGUCUGGAUACGUGGGCUUCGUCCACUUUGGGACGUCCUAGUGAGGGAUAUUGGGACCCAGCUAUAACAUUGACUUCGCCCAUGUCAGUCCUCCAAGAUCUGGAUUACGGAACGAUAUCCCUUGCCGCCAGUGAAAGGUUCUGUAGGAUUGCCACACGUGUACAACAGCGACUCACCCAGUUGCCUCUAAUCAGCCCAGAAGAAGUUGACGAAUUCGACCGCGAACUUAUUGGCUGGAAAGACUCGUUACAUAUGUUCCUGGCUCAUCGUGAGCAAUGUCCGCCAAGUGUCAAUACUGUGCGAGCGAUUCUUUGGUGGCGAUGGAUCACAACUCGGCUCACACUUUACCGUCCAGGCUUAUUAAUCACAGCGCUGCGUCAGAAGCCAUGGGGGCAAGAAACUACCCGUGAAGCGAUCGAUGCACGAAAAUGUAUCCAGGUUGCAAAGGAAGGAGUUGACCUGAUGACCCUGGAUUGGGUUUCGAACCAGUUCCUUUGCUGGAACAGCGCUUGGAACCUCUUUCAGGUCUCAUUAGUCCUCGUUCUGGGUCUGAUGUCAGACAAACAAGAAGCAGAUAAAUUAGAGUGCUAUGGAUCCCUUUGUCAGGCGAUUGAGCUAUUCGCUCAGAUGGAGCCUCUUGACCCUGGUUGCACUCGCAGUCGAAAACUUCUUCAAGGUCUGUUGGGUAACACGGAGGGUGUUGAGGAAAACUCUGCCUCCCCAAUACCUGAAGAAUUAGAUUCUUUUAUACUUGACUAUUUCGGUACAGAUCUAGUUUGGGAAGAUAUGGAUUGGCUAGGAUACUUUUAGACUGAGUUGAGUCGGACCAUGUUUCUGAUAUCAAUUCAGAGAAUGAGGGUAUAUAGAAAAGGAUGUAC